AUGCAGUCCGCCAAGGAAACCCUUCACAAAGUCGUGCAAGGCGACAGCGGCAAGGACUCUACUACCCAGUCCAAGCCCGGCUUGGAGCGAGACAUGGAGCCCAAGCCGACCAAGGUGCACCUGGACACGCACGGCGCGCAAGAGGGCAGCGCGCCGUAUUGCCCCUGCGGAAAGCUCAAGGGCAAAAAUGCCGUCGUGACCGGGGGUGACUCGGGCAUCGGCCGGUCCGUCGCCAUCCUCUUGGCCAUGGAGGGCGCCAAAGUGGCCAUUGUCUACUUACCCGUCGAGGAGCCGGACGCGACGCACACUAAAGAGCAGAUUGAAAAGAAUGGCGGCCAGGCAGUGCUGAUUGCCAGCGAUCUCAGCACUGCCGUCAACUGCCGCGAUGUCGCAGUACGCAUCAAGGCGAUUUUCGACAAGGUGGACAUUUUGAUCAACAACGCGGCCACGCGGAAUGAAUCAGGAGGCAUCAUGGACAUCUCCGAAGAGCAAUGGAGCUAUCUGUUCCGCGUCAAUGUCGACUCCUACUUUCACCUCACCAAAGCAAUUCUGCCCAGCAUGGGCAAGGGAGGCAGCAUCAUCAACAGCGCCUCCGUGGACUCGUACAUUGGUGUGCCUUCGCGUCUCGACUAUGCCACGAGCAAAGGCGCCGUCGUUGCAUUCACACGAUCGCUCUCCAACGAGCUGAUCAAAAAGGGCAUCCGCGUCAAUGCCGUCGCAGCCGGUCCGGUGUGGACGCCAAUGCUGGCCUCGAGCGUGGAUAAAAAGGGCCAGGAAGGCCAUGGACUGGGCAACAGUACGCCAAUGGGAAGGCUCGGGCAGCCAUCCGAGGUGGCAACCACGUACGUGUUCCUCGCGUCUGGAGAAAGCCAGUUUAUGAGUGGCCAGACGCUGCAUCCGAAUGGUGGCAUUGUUGUCAACGGCUAG